GGAAGCUGCUAGCUGCCAUGAGCUUCUACUGUAAAGUAAUGACUGUCUUUCACACAACUACAUAAGUGCUUAAGAAGCCCUGAAUAUAAUCAGAAGAUCAAGGACUGAACUUCAGCUCCGAGAUGAGUCAUGCAGUGGAACAGAGUGACAGGUCACCGUCACCUGUAUCCAGUUCUGUGUCUAUGAAGAGUGACAACUCCAAAAAGUUUGAUAUAAACUUCAGGGAGAAAACACCAUCUGCUGUCAAAAGUGGCAGGUCACCUUCACAUGUAACCAGUUCUGUGUCUAUGAAGAGUGACAACUCCAAAAAAUUUGAUAUAAACUUCAGGGAGAAAACACCAUCAGCUGUAAAAAGUGGCAGGUCACAUUCAGAUGUAUCCAGUUCUGUGUCUAUGAAGAGUGACAACUCCAAAAAAUUUGAUAUAAACUUCAGGGAGAAAACACCUUCAGCUGUCAAAAGUGGCAGGUCACCUUCACACGUAACCAGUUCUGUGUCUAUGAAGAGUGACAACUCCAAAAAAUUUGAUAUAAACUUCAGGGAGAAAACACUAUCUCCUGUCAAAAGGCAGAAUACCUUUGUAAAUAUUGGUAAAGACAUUACUCGGUGGAAGACGCUAAAACAACAGAAGGGAAUAAAGAGCGAUGAAGAACUGGCUACUUAUCUUAUGAACAGAAUUCAGUUCGAGACAUCGGAUGCCGGCUUCCAGAAGGAAAGGUCUCACAAACAUUUAAUGGACAGUCUUAUCUGGACCUUUAGGGAUCUUGAGAAUAAAAUAAGCACAUUUCUGAAGAAUGAGCUAGAAUGGUUUAAGAAGAUACUGAAGACAGAAAACACAGAAUAUCAUGUGAAGGACUUUCUGGAGGACACACAGAACAUCAAAGAAGCAGCUCUUGAUAUCACACUCUACUUUCUCAGAAGUAUGAACAAAAAGAAACUUGCUGAUAUUCUGCAAGAUGAGCUGGUCUUCAUUCAUCAACGACCACUUAAAUCAAACCUGAAAUCAAAAUAUGAACGUAUUUUUGAAGGAAUUGCAAAGCAUGGUGACUUUACACUUCUAAGUAAAAUCUUCACGGAUCUCUACAUCACUCAGGGUGGAGAUGAACAACACGAGUUAAGUCAUAUUGAGGCAGCUUCCAGACAUCUAGAAUCAACAGAUGUACAGGUUAAAUGUACACAUUUAUUCCAGCCUCCUGAACAAGGCAAGACCAUAAGAACUGUACUAACAAAAGGAGUUGCUGGCAUUGGAAAAUCUGUCUCGGUGCAAAAGUUUGUUCUGGACUGGGCUGAAGGAAAAGAAAACCAGGAUAUCAGCUUCAUAUUUCCUCUUCCAUUCCGAGAGAUGAACUUGAAGGAGAAAGAGAGACUGAGUUUGAUAGAUCUCAUUGUACAGUUUUUCCCAGAGAUGAAAAGAGUAAACCUUACAAGAAAUGACAAGUUUAGACUUCUCUUCAUCCUUGAUGGUUUGGAUGAAUGUCGUCUUCCUCUGAAGUUUGAUGGUAAUGAGAUGAGGAGUGAUAUCACAUCACCUGCUCCUCUGGAUGUUCUCCUGACAAACCUCAUCAAAGGAAAUCUGCUUCCUCACGCUCACAUCUGGAUAACCACCAGACCAGCAGCAGCCGGUAAGAUUCCUCCUGAGUGUAUCGACCGAGUGACAGAGGUCAGAGGAUUCAAUGAUGAACAGAAGGAAGAAUACUUCAGAAAAAGAUUCACAGAUCAGAAUAUGGCCGACACAAUCAUUGAUCACAUUAAAAAAUCAAAGAGUCUCUUCAUCAUGUGUCACAUCCCAGUGUUCUGCUGGAUUUCAGCCACUGUGCUCCAGAACAUUCUGGAAGAGAACAAAGUGGAGAAGUCUGAUGACACGACCAAAACUCUUCAGGAUGAUUUUAACACUGAUGAUACUCCUAGAACUCUGACACAAAUGUACACACACUUCUUUCGCUUUCAGAUUCAACAGAGCAGAAGAAAGUAUGAUGGAGAAUACUCUCCUGAUAUCUCCUGGGACAUGGACUCAAUCUAUUCACUGGGGAAACUGGCUUUUGAACAACUAGAAAAAAACAACCUGAUCUUCUAUGAGUCCGAUCUUAAGGAUUGUGAAAUUGACGUCUCUAAAGCCUCUGUGUAUUCAGGGAUGUGCACUCAGAUCUUUAAACAGGAGACAGGGAUCAUUCUUGGUACUGUGUACUGCUUUGUUCACAUGAGCAUUCAGGAGUUUAUCGCAGCUCUGUAUGCACAUCUGUUUCUAGACAAGAACAAGAAAGGUGUAUUUGUUAAAGAACAAGAACACAAAAGUAACACCAUGACUGGUUUACUGAAGACUGCAGUGGAUAAGGCACUUAAGAGUGACAAUGGACAUCUGGAUCUUUUCCUUCGCUUCCUCCUCGGUCUGUCACUUGAGUCCAACCGGCCGCUUCUAAGAGGUCUGUUGUCACAGGAAGAGAGCAAUAAGCAGAAAAACACAGAAAUUGUCCAGUACAUCAAGGAGAAAUUAGAAGCGAAUUCAUGUCCAGAGAGAUCCAUCAAUCUGUUUUACUGUCUGAAUGAACUGAAUGAUCAAACUCUGGUUCAAGAGGUUCAGAAGCAUCUUGGAGAAGGAGGAAGUCUGUCAUCUUCUGACCUCUCACCUGCUCAGUGGUCUGCUCUCGCUUUUGUGAUGCUGACAUCAGAUGAAGAACUGGAGGAGUUUGAGCUUCAGAAAUUCAAGAAAUCAGACGAAUGUCUCAUUAGGCUGUCACCAGUUGUUAAAACGGCCAGAAAAGCUCUGUUAAAUGAUUGUAAUUUAACAGACAAGAGUUGUUCAGCUCUGGCUAAUGCUUUGGGAUCAGGCAGCAAUCUGAAGGAGAUCAACAUGAGCCAUAACAGUCUACAGGAUUCAGGAGUCAAGCUUCUCUGUGAUGGAAUUAAGAAGAAAAAGUCUGAUUUGGAGAUCUUGAGUCUGUCGGAGUGCAGUAUUGGAGAAGAAGGUUAUAAAUGUUUAUGUUCAGCUGUGAGAUCAAACCCUGAAUCACAUCUGAUAGAGCUGGAUCUCAGAGGAAAUGAUCCUGGAGAAACAGGAGUCAAACUCAUCUAUCAGUUAAUACAAGAUCACAAGUGUAAACUCAACACUGUCAGGUUCUUGAGCAGCUCUUCUGCAGUGAAAGCCUUUCAGUAUCUGACAGAAACUCUUGGUAUAAAUCCUUUACUCCAGAGAGAAGUGAAUCUGAGUGAUCAUAAACUAGACGAGUCAAGAGUGAAUCAGAUCUGUGAUCUACUGAAGGACAAACACUGUCACAUCAACACACUCAUUCUGUCUGAGUGCAGUAUUGGAGAAGAAGGUUAUAAAUGUUUAUAUUCAGCUGUGAGAUCAAACCCUGAAUCACAUCUGAUAGAGCUGGAUCUCAGUGGAAAUGAUCCUGGAGAAACAGGAGUCAAACUCAUCUAUCAGUUAAUACAAGAUCACAAGUGUAAACUCAACACUGUCAGUCUGUCCGAGUGCAGUAUUGGAGAAGAAGGUUAUAAAUGUUUAUAUUCAGCUGUGAGAUCAAACCCUGAAUCACAUCUGAUAGAGCUGGAUCUCAGAGGAAAUGAUCCUGGAGAAACAGGAGUCAAACUCAUCUAUCAGUUACUACAAAAUUCAAAAUAUGCACUCGAGACUGUCAGGUUGUGUGGAUGCAGUAUUACAGAGUCACAGUGUGUUAGACUGAUUUCAGCUCUGUGUUUAAAUCUGACAAGACUGAAACACCUGAACUUCAGUCAGAACAAACUAGGAGACUCAGGAAUUAAGAGCUUGUGUGAUCUACUGAAACAAUCAGACUGCAAACUAGAUCAACUUGAGUUAAGAGCGUGUGGUUUGACAGAUGAAGGUCUUGUUGCUCUGACUUCAGCUCUGAAUUCAAACCCGUCACACUUGACAAAACUGGAUCUGAGUGGAAAUCGAUUAAGAGACUCAGGAGUUGAACAUCUCUGUGCUCUUCUGAGUAAUUCACAAUUCAGACUGAAAACACUCCAUCUGUCUGAAUGCAGUAUUACAAUGACACAGUUUGACAAGAUGAUUUCAGCUCUGUGUUCAAACCCGUCACAUCUGAGAGAACUGAACCUCAGUGGAAAUGAAAUAAAGGACACCGGAGUGAAGCUCUUGUGUCGACUACUUGAACAUUCACAAUGUAAACUGGAGGAACUGAGCCUAAAUAAGUGUAUAAUUACAGAUGUCACUGCUUUAACUGAUACUUUGGCUCAGACACGAGCAUUAGAGUUCUUAAAGGAGCUUGAUCUGAGUAACAAUAAAAUAAAGGAUCUGAAGAAGCUUCAUGAAGUGCUAAAGGGCUCAGGCUGUGAACUGAGGUGA